CGAUUUUUCAAGAAUCUCUCAGUAUUUUAUUUUUUUUCUUCUUUUUGUCGAUCAAAUCGAUAUUUGUAUAAACCCCAAAGAAUCAUCUGAAGCAUCAAUCAGCCAUGACGCUUGGUUCAGGAGGAUCUAGUGUUGUGGUCCCUCGCAAUUUCAGAUUACUGGAGGAACUUGAACGUGGGGAGAAGGGUAUUGGAGAUGGGACAGUGAGCUAUGGUAUGGAUGAUGGAGAUGAUAUUUAUAUGCGUUCUUGGACUGGCACCAUUAUUGGUCCUCACAAUUCUGUGCAUGAAGGCCGCAUUUAUCAGUUGAAGCUAUUCUGCGACAAGGAUUAUCCGGAGAAGCCACCAAGUGUCCGUUUCCACUCUCGAGUUAACAUGACAUGUGUCAACCAUGAAACAGGAGUGGUGGAGCCAAAAAAGUUUGCUUUGCUUUCAAAUUGGCAGCGAGAGUACACUAUGGAAGACAUACUGACUCAACUGAAAAAGGAAAUGGCUUCUCCCCACAACCGUAAGCUAGUUCAGCCACCCGAAGGCACCUGUUUCUAGUGUUAAGGGCAAUAACAUAUAGGUCUUGUCAACUAUGUGCGAAAUUGUACCGCUGUGUUGUCACCUUGGGAAUUAAAAUGUAAAGGGGUUGAAUGCCUGAAGAGGCUUCUCCUCUUACCUCA